AUGUUGCGAUUUCGGGAAAACUGUCUCAAGACAAAAGCGACACGCGUUUAUGACGACUUGAAGAUGUUCGAGUUGCAAAAAGCCGAAACAGUAGUCUUACGAUCAACGCAGAUGGAAGAGUUUGCGGAUGAAUACCAUGCCCUGCGCAUGGGCAAGCGGAUAGAGAAGGGUAGCGCGUUGUGGAAGCUCAGUCCCGUUAUGGAUGCGGAGGGCGUCAUAAGACUGGGUGGUCGAAUAGACGCGGCCACCGCGAUUUCAUCAUGUACGAGACGCCCGAUAAUCCUAGCUAAGCGAUGCUACGUAACGGAGUUGCUGAUAGAUCAUUACCAUCGCUCCUGGAAACACCAAAACGAAUCCACAAUAAUUGCCGAAAUACGACGCAAGUACUGGAUCCCUAAUAUAAGGGUCGAAGUGCGUCGCGCCACUAAAAGAUGCCAGUUUUGCGUCAAUGCAAGAGGCGUUCCAGAUCAACCAGAAAUGGGCCAAUUGCCAGUAGACCGGCUGACACCAUUCGUUAGGCCUUUCACAUACACCGGCUUAGACUACAUGGGACCGUUCAACGUUGUCAUCGGUAGGCGAAACGAGAAGCGCUGGAUCGCCCUCUUUACUUGCCUAACAACGAGAGCGAUACAUUUGGAAAUGGCGAAGGACCUCUCCACCGACACCUGCCUGUUAUGUAUCAGGAACUUCAUGUGUAGGCGUGGAACUCCUGUGCGUAUCCGUUCGGACAACGGUACGAACCUCGUUGGUGCUGACAGGGAGCUUAAACGACAGCUUAUGGAGUUUAAUAAUGGCAAAAUAGCAAAUGCGCUUGCGAAUAAAAACAUUGACUGGGUUUUCAAUUGCCCGUUGAACCCGCACGCUGGAGGAUGCUGGGAACGUUUAGUACGCUGCGUCAAAAGAGCUAUGGGUCAUGCAGUACAUAAUGAAAGUAUUCAAGAACACGUCCUAUACAGUCUCAUGUGUGAGGCGGAGAACAUCGUUAAUUCCCGACCGUUGACACACAUCCCACUAGACGCACCCACUGAUGAACCGCUAACUCCCAAUCAUUUUCUUUUAGGUACCCCAAACGCUGAGCAAAACGCCACAUCCGAAUGA